CGGCACGUAGUCCUUCCCCUCCGCGUCUCCAAGGGGACGUCCGCUGUGGGAGCCGUGUGGAGGCCGCUUCUUCUCGCUCUUCAUCCUUCGCUUCCCAAGAUGGCGGCGCUGAGUGUAAACAAGGUCGGGGCCGGAGCGGGGUUGGAUGCCGGGAGCAGGCAGAGCCGGAAUCCAGGCGGGCCUGUGGUGAAGGUUCUGGAGUGUGGAGUCUGUGAAGAUGUAUUUUCACUGCAAGGAGAUAAAGUUCCCAGACUGCUUUUGUGUGGCCAUACCGUCUGUCAUGACUGUCUCACUCGACUUCCUCUUCAUGGCAGAGCAGUUCGGUGUCCUUUUGAUCGGCAGGUUACUGAGUUAGGUGAUUCAGGAGUCUGGGGCUUGAAAAAAAACUUUGCUCUGUUGGAACUCCUUGAGCGACUGCAAAAUGGGCUCGGUGGUCAGUGUGGGACAACUGAAGAGGCUAUUGGCCUCUCCGGAGAGUGCAUCAUCCGCUGUGAUGAAGAUGAGACCCAUCUUGCUUCAGUGUACUGCACUGUGUGUGCCACUCACCUGUGUGCAGAGUGUUCCCAACAUACACAUUCUACAAAGACACUAGCAAAACACAGACGUGUGCCUCUUGCUGAUAAACCUCACGAGAAGACGAUGUGUUCUCAGCACCAAGUGCAUGCCAUUGAAUUUGUGUGUCUGGAAGAAGGUUGUCAAGCCAGUCCUCUUAUGUGUUGUGUCUGCAAAGAGUACGGAAAGCACCAAGGCCAUAAACACAGUGUUUUGGAACCAGAAGCAAAUCAGAUCCGUGCUUCCAUUUUAGACAUGGCUCAUUGUAUAAGAACUUUCACAGAAGAAAUCUCAGACUAUUCUCGGAAACUAGUUGGUAUUGUUCAACAAAUAGAAGGAGGAGAACAGAUAAUUGAAGAUGGUGUUGGAAUGGCUCAUACAGAACAUAUCCCAGGUACUGCAGAGAAUGCUCGUUCAUGUGUCCGAGCCUAUUUUUCUGAUCUUCAUGAAACUCUCUGCCGCCAAGAAGAAAUGGCACUUAGUGUGGUUGAUGCCCAUGUGCGAGAGAAAUUGAUCUGGCUUAGGCAACAGCAAGAAGACAUGACUAUCCUGUUGUCCCAGGUUUCAACAGCUUGUCUUCAUUGUGAAAAGACCUUGCAGCAGGAUGACUGUAGAGUUGUGUUGGCCAAACAAGAAAUUACAAGGCUUCUCGAAACACUUCAGAAACAGCAACAACAAUUUACAGAGCUUGCAGACCACAUACAACUUGAUGCCAGCAUUCCAGUUACUUUCACCAAGGACAACAGGGUACACAUUGGGCCCAAAAUGGAGAUUCGAGUUGUAACCCUCGGAUUAGAUGGAGCUGGCAAAACAACCAUUUUAUUUAAGCUAAAGCAGGAUGAAUUCAUGCAACCAAUUCCAACAAUAGGGUUUAAUGUUGAAACUGUAGAAUAUAAAAAUCUGAAGUUCACUAUUUGGGAUGUAGGUGGUAAACACAAGCUGAGGCCUUUAUGGAAACAUUACUACCUCAACACACAAGCGGUGGUGUUUGUAAUUGAUAGCAGCCACAGAGACAGGGUCAGCGAGGCGCACAAUGAACUGGCCAAACUGUUAACGGAGAAGGAGUUGCGAGAUGCUUUGUUGCUGAUCUUUGCUAAUAAGCAGGAUGUAGCAGGGUCACUUUCAGUAGAAGAAAUCACAGAAUUGCUGAGUCUGCACAAACUCUGCUGUGGCCGUAGCUGGUACAUCCAAGGUUGUGAUGCUCGAAGUGGCAUGGGACUGUAUGAAGGACUGGACUGGCUCUCAAGGCAUCUGGUAGCUGCAGGUGUACUGGAUGUGGCUUAAGUUCCUAUUGAGAGCCAUUAAGCUUGGAGAUCCAUUAAUUUAUUUGUGUGACAUGAGAUGGUCAAACAUGAACUGUUAAUCUAAAGCUGUUUUUCCUUAAAAAAAAAACACUAACAGUUUGGCUGGAAUGUUUAUUGGAAUGUGGUACAGUGAGUGUGUCAUUCCUGUAAAUUAUGGUAAAUGAAUAGGAAUGUGGCUUAAUAGUGGAUUUGCAGGAAAGGUUGAGGAAAUGAAAAUGUUCUUCAGCUUCCUUAUUAAACAAAUUAAUCUAUACCAGUA